AUGCUUUCCGCUCGAGUCUGGUUUUGUUGGCAUCACACUUUUGGCAUCCGCAUCAGUAACUAUGGAAUGAAAUGUUGGAAGGUAACAACAGUCCAUAGUAAUUCUAUCUUGAAUUCUUCCACAUUUCCAAAUCAUCAUCGAUGCUAUUCUUCAACUCCACAACCAUAUAAUACUACUAUUUACAAUUUACACAAAUUAUUUCCAAUGUAUCGAUCAGAAAAUUCACCAUCCAUGAUUUCAUCAUCUCAACAUGCACUUUCUCUUUCUGAUCUCAAUUUUCCCAUCAAAUCUACUUCUUCCGAAACAAAUAUGCAAACUAAAAAACAGAAAAGACUUGCAUCUAAAUUUAGCUGUCUGAGUAUUGUUACCAAACACACAGUUUCAUUGGUUGAAGAAAAAACUCCUCAUGAAGUGAAAUUAGUACCAAAAUUAAGUAGUGGAGAAAUAAUUAUUAGAAUUUCUAAUGAUCCGAUACAUGAUAUUCAAACUCUUAAUAGAAAUUCAACUCAUACUGUCAAAGGAUCUGGCAAAAUUAAUCAUUAUCGACUACAUGCAAUUAUUUAUAAUUGGAAUAGCACUCUGGAUUGUUUACAAUUUGAAUCAAAAUUAUUGCCUUCUUCCUCGUUGACACAAAUAUUUGUUAAAAUGUCCAAUUUAUUGACCAAUCCCAAUAGUGAGUGUUAUAUUGGUGGUGGUUCUCAGUCUGAUAUUCAAAAAGGUCACAAAAAUACACCAUCCUUCAAUAAUGGUAAAUUAUUACAUGUUUGUCUCGUUUCAAGAUCAGCCAUUGAGAGUUUGGCAUCGAUUCAAAAUCCAUUGUGCAAAGAAAUGAUUGAACUCGCGAUGAGUCAAUAUUCAUCAUCCAAAGAAAAUACCAAAAAAGAAUAUCCUCGAGUGUUCAAAACCAAGAAUUAUGAACUGGCGUUCAAGAUGGAUGACACAUUGUUCAAGAGAUUUGGAAUAAAACUAUAA